AUGAGGUUCAUGAGUGCGUGGGGUGUGAUUGCAAAUAACCAGGGGCGUGUCGUGCGAUUGAUCCCCCCAGGGCGGUGUGACUGUGGUGUUAAUAAAUUUUACAUUUAUGAUUUUGCCCUUAUAAGGAUUACACAUGUUUAUUCCAUCUCACAUUCAUUUACAUCUCCGUUAUCUUUAUCAUCGUUUCCUAGAGUGACUAUCAAGGUAUGA